AUGGUGGACCACAUGAUAUCGAUGAGCCAUGGAGUGAAUGGGCUGCAGGGGUACUGGAUGAGGGUGAAUGGCCUGCAGGGCCCUCCCCAACAUGGACAGCACAUGCUAAGGACGAUACCUGCCAACCACCAGAUGAUGCAAUAUGGAAACCCAAGCCUGGAUGCUGGCAUGAGGCAGUGGCCACGCAUCAGUGGACAGAUGGGGCAUCACCAGGUGCCAAACGCCAUGACGUUCAACAAUCCCAACCAGCAGCAGCAGCAAUGCAUGGGACCCGUAGGCACUCAGCAACUUACGGCUAGCAUGCACUUUCAGAAACUCAAUACCCAGUACCGGGGCCAUCCUCUCAUGGGCAUGAGAUACAGGCCUGUAGGAACAGGUGUGCAGCAAUACAGAGAGGGGCCCGGCCAGCAUCCUGGCAUGGAGCAUAUCCCCAUUCCCGCUUUGACCUUGAACAUUAUGGGCACAGAUCUCAUUGACAAAGAGUUUUUGAGCUCCUUGGUCAUGGAACUGGGUUUGGAUCGCCUCCGGGAGCUUCCCGAAGUUGCGACCGCUAUUCACAGAGUCCAGACCGGAAGCCUCAAACAUUCUAGUAAUGGUUGA